AUGCCUCGACUUACCGAUUACCGUCUGCUAUGUUUUGAUGUCUAUGGAACCCUUAUUGAUUGGGAGGGUGGCAUUCUGGAAGCUCUCCAGCCUAUACUUUCAGCCAGCGGGCAGCCAUUUACUCGCGAGCACCUGCUGACUGUUUACCAAGAGCUGGAGAGCAACCAGCAGCGCCUCACACCCGAUAUGCCCUACUCGCAGCUCCUAUCUGCUGUGCAUCCAGCCCUUGCAGAGAGACUGGGUCUCCCCACCCCCAGUGAAGAGCAGAGCAAACGGUUUGGGGAAUCUAUUGGCUCCUGGCCAGCCUUCCCAGACACCGUGGAAGCACUCCACCGACUACGGAAGCAUUACAAGCUUGUGGUCCUCUCGAACGUCGACAAGGCCUCCUUUGCCAAGUCCAAUGCGGGCAGUCUCCAAGGCUUUCCUUUCGAUCAGAUCUUAACCGCCCAAGAGAUCGGAUCCUACAAGCCGGAUGCUCGAAACUUCGCCUACAUGAAGAAAGCCGUACAGGCCAGCUUCGGGAUUGAACCAAGUCAGAUUCUCCAGACAGCACAGAGCCAGUUCCACGAUCACCAGCCCGCGCGGGAAGCAGGCAUCAAGUCUGUAUGGAUUGUGCGGCCCGGCGCCACAAUGGGGAAUACCCCAGAUCCAAUCUUUGAUUGGCGCUUUGAUACACUCGGGGCGAUGGCCGACGCUUUGCAGGAGGGGCAUGUUUAA